AUGAGCGAGAGCAGGACGGAGAACCACGACUUGACAGGCAGUGCACGAGAGAUUUGGGUGGUUUCAGAGUCCUGUUCCAAUGUGGAUGGGAUCCUCGUCAGGAGCGGGCCAGACCUGAACUCUGACGUUCUGGGGCGACUCGCACCGGGUGCCAGAGUUCAGGCAGAUCCGCCAACGGCUGGCCGCGUACAUUAUACGCUCAUCUCAGGUGCACCUGAAAGCCCAAAGAUCGGCUGGGUGAGCCUGAGAGCCAAUGGAAAGGAUUUAAUACUGAAGGAGGUAGUCACUGAGGAUGCGAAGGCCAAAGAGAGUCUGCCAUCGAAAAACGCCCUCGCGCUCGCAAAUUCUGUGGGUGCAGAGGAGUCAGUCCAUUGGGAAGUCACCGGAACAAAAGCAGAAGGUCUGCUGGUGAGGACUGGAGCUUCCUUGAGCUCCGAGAUGUUGUCGAGGCGUUUGGCCAAAGGAGCCACGCUGCGGCAGAUCGAAUUGGACCAGGCAGGUGGCCGUUUGCACUACGAGCUGUUGAAAGGAGAGGGUCCAAAAAUUGGAUGGGUCAGUUUGCAUGCAAGCGGCCAUCAAUUGGUGAGGAGGAUACCAAAGGAUCCAAAGGUGAAGCCAGGGCAGCCCAAGACCUCCGAAGUCAUGUUGCACACUGACUACUCAGGCAUUCCACGUGGCGCCUGCACGGGCUGUCGGGAAUGUCAACUUUGGCAGUUUGAAACCAUGAGCUCCGUGGAGUGGGGUGGACCGGACACCAACACCACCAUUGAGGACCGACGUCAGUCGUACGACCGAAAGAUGCGAGGCUACCAGGAGAAGCGGAAAGGCAUCAGUGCCAGCUGCAGCUGUGGCUGUGCAGCAGAGCUGCACCUGGAUCUCAGUGGCUGGUUGGACGCCGUGCGCGCAGCUGCAAGGCCAUUUCGUGAGACCUACGAGGUGGCUAUUCGCAAGGACCCAGCAUAUCGGCAUCUGGGACGAGCCAUCGGUACAGCCAAACCACGGCGUUUGCCACGGGUCGCACAGAUUCCAGCGGCCGCUUUGCAGUGGUCCCAUGAGGAGGUUGCCAUGUUUCUCCUGUCGUUGGGGGUCUAUGAUCCUCGCAAUGAUGGGACUAAAGGUGAUGCCAGUGGAAUUCGUGGAACUCGUGUGUCGGUCAUUUGCCCCACCAGUGAGAAACGUCACGCCUUUCAUCCCUUGUUGUACCAGAGCUUCACUUCGCAAAGCUACGAGGAGAAGGAGCUGGUGGUGGUGGAUACUGGCAGCAGACCAUCGAGUUUUUUCUUGGCGAAGGCAGCGGAAGAUUCGCGGGUCAUCUAUCGACAUUUCCAUGUGGAUGACUCCAGAGAAAACGAUCCAAUGUCAGCUGUGAUCCUCAACGAUGGUUUCAACAUGCUAACUGGUGAGGAUGUGAAGAAGAGGCGUGGCUUGAGCUUCAAACCCACGAGUGGCUGGUCCUUGGGUUUCAAGAGAAAUCUCUGCUGUCAUUUGGCCCAUGGGCCCAUCAUCGCCCACUUUGAUGACGACGACCUGUAUGCUUCUUGCUAUUUGCAGCACAUGUGCCAUGCGCUGCAGCGUGGUACAGCAUCAUUAGAUCGACCUUUAGCUUGUACCCUAGCUGAGUGGCACAUGAUGGACGUCAAGGAUCAGAGUUUCGGCUUCUUCUCUCCCAACCGGGAGCCCUUGUUGGAGCAUGAACAGCGGGAGUCUUUUCAGUAUGGCUAUGGCUUCUCCUUUGUGUAUACCAAAGCUGCUUGGGAAUUGGUGAAAUUCCCAGAUACUGAAUGGUCUGAGGAUGGAGACUUCAUGGGUCGAUUGCAGUUGAAGAAGGUUCCAAUCGAGCUCGUCCGGUCCGGUGAUGCUUUCCCACUAGCAGCUCACACCCAUCAUUCAUACUCAACCAGUGGUGGGGAGCUCUAUGGCAAUGUGCGCUUGGGCUACGCGGUGCCAAGUCCCGAGGCCUUCCAGCAGCUGCUGCCGACGGUGCGGAGGGUGGCGGCAGAUUCCAGGGUGGGACUUGGAGCUCAGCAUCCAUUGAGGGCAGAAAUGCAUCGCGUGCUGGAUGGCUAUGGAUACCCACCCACAGAGAUUCGAUGGCACGAGAAGGAACAGUUCUUCAAGAGAAAUCCCAACUUUGGGCGACCUGUGGCGACCCCUCAGCAGAAAAGCUGGUACCAGGAGUGGCAACCUCCCAGCACUUGGCGAGGGAACCAAAUUGGCUUUGGCUUUUAG